AUGGGAAAAAAACCAUUAAAAAAAGUAAUAAGAAAUCUUCCAACUCCUGAAAGUGGUGAAAAAUUUUUGAAAAUAGAUAAAAUCAUUGCCUUAACAGGAAAAAAUGAAAAUGUUAAUGUUGAUGCUGUAACAUUGGAUACAAUGCCAAAUGGUUCGAAGAAUGGAACAAUUGUAGCAAUAGCUGGUUCUCCUGGUUCUCAUUUAGAUUUUAAAUACAUGCUUCCAUUUUUUAUUGAAAAAGAAUAUAGAUUUGUGGGGAUAAACUUUCCUGGGUAUGGUUUUACAAAAGUAGAUGAUAGAUUUACUGAAUCUAAUAAAGAAAAGUAUAAUUAUAUUAAAAAAAUAAUGGAAACUAGAAAAAUAUCUCCUUCAGAAAAAGUUAUAUUUAUGGGUCAUAGUCGUGGUACAAAAAGUGCUUUAGAAUUAGCUGCAACAUAUAAUGAAGAAUCAACUAAAGGUGUUGUUUUAAUAAAUGGUGUUGGUAUAAGAAAACAUAGAGGAAUCCUACCAUUUUGGCCAAUAGCUUUAUUUUCAAAAUUAUGGGAAACAUUUCCUUUUGCUAGAAAACAAAUUAUUAAUCCAAUAAUACAUGUUAUAUAUGGUAUGCUUGGAUUAAAGACCAAUUCUCCUGAAAUGUCUGCAUGUUGUUUGAGAUCUAUUAAUAGUUUUGAUCUUCCUUCACAAACAAAAUUUGUUGAUUUAGUCAAUAAAAGGAAUACUAAAAUUCUUCAAUUAGGAGGAGGAAAAGAUUGGUUGAUUGAAAAAGAUAUAACAAUAGAAUUUGCAAAUUUAUUUAACAAUAUGAAAUUUAUUGAAAGUCAUAAACAUGAUGAUGAUGAAGAAAUAAUUGAUAAAAUUUCUAUUAAUUUUAAAAAUGGAGCAAAAGGUGUUUCUGUAUACUUUGAAAAAGAAGGACAUUUUUUAAAUAAAUUUAGAGCUACAGUUAUAGCAAAUGCUAUAGACAUUAUGUUUCGUGAAUCAGAUAAACAACUUAAAAUAUAA